AAAAAAGGGGUGAUCUUGGCUUACCGCAAGAAUACAUUUUUUUGCUUUAUAACUUGGCUGCGCGAGCGCACUCUCGCCAGUGGGACAUCCAUUUCUCGCUGGAAGCACCACAAGCAUCCUGCACUCUGAGAGCACUCUGGAUCUCGCAGCCGCAGCGCGGUACGCCUCCGCCGCGUGAGCGUCGCAAAGGGCUGCUCCCCAAGAGCAACGCAAACAACGAGACGUUCUAGCAAAACGCCACAAUGCUGCGCCGCCUCGCACUCAUCGCUGCGAUGUGCUGCAUGCGGACUGCGCAAUCCGACGCCAUCGACGACCGCUUGCACGCCAUGUCCAUCAAGCAGCUCCGGUGGCUUUUGAGAGAUCUUGGGGCGCUCGACGAGCUGCCGAAGGGCGUCGCAUUGGAAAAGAGCGACGUGAUCGCACUUGCCGCCCCUAUUUUACGAGCAGAAGAACAGAAAAAACGGGACGCGCUGAACUCGCAGCGGAUUUGGCUGGCUUUGAAAGUCGCCGGUAUGCUCCUCGUCGCUCUCAUCUUCGGCGAGCCUAUUUUAGCAGCAACACAGUCCGCAAGGCACGCCUUCGUCGACGGCGUCGAGGAGAAAAAACACUUGGCAAGGUACGCCGUCGAGUGCGGGUCCCUCUUCUCAGCGAUCCUGGUGCUGAUCACCGGCGUCAUCGACUUGCUCCUGUGCUGGGUGCGCCUCUCGGUGAUCAUUUCGUGGGUGGCACCUAGAAAUUCAAGCAUCCGAAACUUCACCAUACCAAUCCCGUCGCUCGGCGUGGACCCGGCGAUGGCGAUGGGCGCGACGAGCGGCUACUCGAUCAACGUGGCGCCGAUGCUCCUGCAGUUCGUGCUGGGGCGGGUCAAGAGCAUUUGUGGACACAAGAUCGCACGGCUCAUGGCCGCGCGGCACCGCGCGAUACGGCGUAAGAAGGAUUAA